AUGCGCACUCGCCCACCCAGCACGGCCACACCCUCGGUCCCGGAGGCGGCGACACCGGCGGCGAGGCCUCACCUGUGGGCGCAGAGCGCUGAGAAGCGCCCAGGAGCGCGGAGCACGGCGGCCCCGCGCCGCGGCCCGGCCCCGCCUCCAGUCCGACUCGACGAUCUCUGGAGGACUCGGCCCGUGUACCCGGCGCGGACCGGCCCUCCGCCCGCCGCGCUCUACUUCCGGGGCGGCGCCCUGGCAACCGGAGACGCGGCGUUGCCGGCGCCGCGACUGCUUCCGGGGUUAGACUGUCCCCAAUCUGCAGCUGCGCCUCCGACCUGCAUAGCCCGCUACGCCCGGGGGCUGAUAGGGAGAGGGCGGGGCUGCCGCUGCCAGUUGGUCCAAGUGUCCAGGCCUGAGGCGUCCUACUGAACCCUCCCCCUGCCGGCGCCUCAGAAGAGCGCCUGGGCAUUUGACCAUUCAUCAAGAAUUUUGUAUCCAAGGCACAGAAGUUUGUUACCGAAGAUGAUGAAUGCUGACAUGGAUGUUGAUGCUGAAAAUCAGGUGGAACUGGAGGAAAAAACACGACUUAUUAAUCAAGUGUUGGAACUCCAACACACACUUGAAGAUCUGUCUGCAAGAGUAGAUGCAGUUAAGGAAGAAAAUCUGAAGCUAAAAUCAGAAAACCAAGUUCUCGGACAAUAUAUAGAAAAUCUCAUGUCAGCUUCUAGUGUUUUUCAAACAACUGACACAAAAAGCAAAAGAAAAUAAGGAAUUGAUAUCUCUUAUGUCUUAUGGAAUUGCUGCUGAUCUUUUUUUUCUUUAAAACUUGGAUAGAUCCCAAAAGUUAUAGUACUUUUGUUUGUGGCUUCACUGAGUAUUUAUGAAGAUAAUGUCAGAUCUAGGAAAAAUUAAGAGCAUAACAGAA